AUCUUCGUUGCAAACAUGCUCUACUCCACCAUCCUCUUCGCCGCCGUCACUGGCCUCGCCGCUGCCCAGGUCCAGACUGGCAACUACACCAUUGACCCCAACUCGGUCGAUUCCACCACCAGAGCCAACUGGUGCCGUGCCGAGACCAACACCUGCCCCGUUCUGUGCGGUGGCAACCUCUACAAGUCCAACACUUGCGACCAGGCGAGUACCACCAUCUUGCAUGCAAUCCCGAGCAUCUUGCUGACUUUAUCCACAGGCUUCUCUGACCUACACCUGCGUCUGCAACAACGGCCUCUCGCCCGACUUUACCAGAACACCAUCCCUUCGUUCGUCUGCCAGGAGUACAAGGGCCAAUGUCUCGCCACCAACGCUGGCAACGCCACCGCUCAGGAUCAAUGCCAGAAGAUCAGCUGCGGUAACAAGACUGCUGUCAACCUCGUCACCUCGUCUGCCGCCUCCUCUUCCAGCUCGGCUGCAUCCAGCGGUUCCAGCGCCGCUGCUAGCGCUACUUCCGCUAUGGCUAGUGGCUCUCAGUCCGCAGCCUCCAGCGCCGCCACCGCUUCCUCUACUGGUGCUGCCAACGCUAUCACCGUCGGCCACGGUGCUCUCGCCGCCUCUCUGUUCGGUCUCUUCGCCUACGCUCUGUAA